AGUGAAAGCACGCGUUACUCUUUGCACGCCUUCUUGUACCUGGCUAAGCGCGUGUACAUCGAUUGAAAGCUACCCACCAUCAUUUCUCCUUUCCUCUAAUGCUAUCCUACGGGACACUACGAGCAUGCAUCAGGGUUGAUGGACAAGCUUUGGAGACCUAUGGAAUUGAGACGUUUCCAGAAGAAAAUAAAGUGACCUGUUGGAUUGCUUCGGAAGCAGGAAAGACGUUCUCUAUAGUGUGGCAAGAUAUCAACCAUGCACGUCAGUAUCACCAAACAGGAGAUGUGACACUCGAUGGCGUACAUGGAGGGGGUCAAUUAAUGCGUGCUUUAAGAUUCAAUGAGCCACCGACGUAUCAGAGGUGUACUGCGGAAUUCAAAUACGUCAGCACUUCGAUGAAUUCCAUUCGCCCGCUUACCUUCUCGAGGCUUCAGCUGACGGGUCAGUUUCAUCUGGUACUCCGUAAAUGUGCUCACAUACUUAUAGAUGAAGAUCAACACCUGAAUUCUGCACAUGCCGAGCUCGGAGAAAUUUCCUUGGCCAUCUGGCCUGUGAAUGUGAUUGGCAUGGGCUAUCAAAGAAAGUUAGUCUCUGCUGAGGGAACGAUGGUCCACGAACGUUCAAAGAAGGCAUCAAGUCACUGUGUGGGGUUCGGAGAGGAGAUCCGCGUUCCACCACAGCAGGUAAUUAACGUGGCCCGCGUUGGGAUAAUCCCCACGGCUACAUUUGUUUUCAGGUACAGACCAUUUGAUCGACUGGUGGCAGAUGGUAUUGCCCCGCCACCUAUGCAACCUUCACGGGGAACCAAGCGUGAAGCUCCUGUGGACGUGCUAGAGCCGGAAGAUCACAAUGAUGCCACAGGCUUAGAUAUAGACGAUGAAGCUUUGCGUGAGCUUAAUGCGCUGAAAGCACAGGUGAGAAGGCUUGAGGAAAGAAUAUCCACUACCCGCAGUGGCAAAAGGGUAAAAAUAGAGUCCAGUGGCACCAUGCGGAGUCAGUGA